AGCACGUGGUCCUGCGGAGGCCGCGUGGACAGGAAGUGUCUACCGCUGCUGUUGUCGCGGUGCUUGCCGUGAGAAGAGGCAGCUAUGGGGGGCUUGGAGAAGAAGAAGUAUGAGCGGGGAUCUGCCACCAACUACAUCACCAGAAACAAAGCCAGGAAGAAGCUCCAGCUGAGCCUCGCUGACUUCAGACGCCUGUGUAUCCUGAAGGGGAUUUAUCCCCAUGAGCCCAAACAUAAGAAGAAGGUUAACAAGGGCUCCACGGCUGCCAGGACCUUUUACCUGCUCAAGGACAUCAAGUUUCUCCUUCACGAGCCCAUCGUCAACAAGUUCCGGGACUACAAGGUGUUCGUCAGGAAGCUCCGGAAAGCCUAUGGAAAGAGCGAGUGGAACGCGGUGGAGCGGCUGAAGGACAACAAGCCCGUCUAUAAGCUCGACCACAUCAUCAAGGAGCGGUACCCCUCUUUCAUCGAUGCCCUGCGAGACCUGGACGAUGCCCUCUCCAUGUGCUUCCUGUUCUCCACCUUCCCCCGGACGGGCAAGUGCCACGUUCAGACCAUCCAGCUGUGCCGGAGGCUCACCGUGGAGUUCCUCAACUACGUCAUUGCCUCCCGGGCUCUGCGCAAGGUCUUCCUGUCGAUCAAAGGGAUUUACUACCAGGCCGAGGUUCUGGGCCAGCCCAUCGUGUGGAUCACCCCCUACGCCUUCUCCCACAACCAUCCAACCGACGUGGACUACCGAGUCAUGGCCACCUUCACCGAGUUCUACACCACCCUCCUGGGCUUCGUCAACUUCCGCCUCUACCAGACGCUCAACCUUCAGUAUCCUCCCAAGCUCGAAAGGCCCAAAGACCAAGACUCCAAAGAUCAGGACGAGGAGGCCUACGCCAUGGACUCUGAGAGCUCCCUGGAGAAACUGUCGGCCUUGAGCGCCAGCCUGGCUCGCGUGGUGGUGCCCGUCACGGAGGAGGAGGAGCAGAUGGACGAGUUCCCUGUUGAUGGGGAGAACGCUGAGCAAGAGGAGGGGCUGAGGAAGGAGCGGGAGGCCCAGGAGAAGCACAAGAAGCUCUUCGAGGGGCUGAAGUUCUUCCUGAACAGGGAGGUCCCCCGGGAGGCCCUGGCCUUCAUCAUCAGGAGUUUCGGGGGGGAAGUGUCAUGGGACAAGUCUUUGUGCAUCGGAGCCACGUUCGAGGAGAAGGAGCCUUCCAUCACCCAUCAGAUCGUGGACCGGCCCCUGCCGCCCACCCCCGUCAUCGGCCGGUGCUACGUCCAGCCCCAGUGGGUGUUUGACUCGGUCAAUGCCCGGCUCCGGCUCCCCGUGGAGGACUACUUCCCCGGGGUGCUGCUGCCCCCCCACCUCUCGCCCUUCGUGAUCGAGAAGGAAGGAGACUACGUGCCCCCUGAGAAGCUGAAGCUGCUGGCCCUGCAGCGGGGCGAGACCCCAGGAAAGGCGACUGAGUCAGAGUCGGAGGAGGAGGAGGAGGAGGAGGAAGGUGAGGAGGAGGAGGAAGAAGGUGAGGGAGAAGGUGAUGAUCAGGAGGAAGAGGAGGAAGAGGAAGGUUCAGAAAAAGAAGAGGAGGCUAAGCUGAAGGUGAUGGAAGCGCAGAGGACGCAGACAAAGAAACCACAGGUGACCAUGGGGACCCUGGACAAGAGGCGUCAGCUGCCCCAGGAGGAGGAGAACGAGGCGAAGAGGCUGGCCAUCAUGACCAUGAGGAAGAGGGAGAAGUAUCUGUACGACAAGAUCAUGUUCGGCAAGAGGCGGAAAGUGCGCGAGGCCAACAAACUGGCCCAGAAGAGGAAGGCGCACGACGAGGCCCUGAAGGCCGAGAAGAAGCAGCAGAAGAAGGCGCGUCGGGCCUGAGCCUGGCCUGCUGGGCCCCCCACGCUGCUGCUGGGCCUGGCCCAGGCCCGGCCGGACGCUUGGAUGGAAGUUCCCCCUUGACUUGGCCGGUCCCCGGGGCUUCCCGGCUCGGAUCCUCCCCAGGGCCGGGCCCUGUGGGGCUGGGGGCUCCCCGGCCUUCACCCCAGCGCUGUUCCCAGAGUGGGUUCAGUGGGGGAGGAUCCAGAGGGUGUCGGCAGGACGACCGACAAGGCCCCGAGGACGGGUGGAACCCUCCAUGUUGGGGCUCCCUGUCCUCGGCUCUGGAUGCAGCCGGGACUCACUGGCGCUUACUGUAUCUCUGAGGAAGCGUUUCCAAAUAAACGUGCGGACUGAU